AUGGUACAGGCAUCUUGGCUCUGGAGAAAGCUGCGUGGCAAGAGGCGGUUGGUGAUGGCAUUCUGCCUCUUAAUGGCUCUGUCUGUGGUGGCUGUCACCCGCUUCCCUCCACAGUACCCAGCCGCCAGCCCACACCCUGGUCCCGUGGAGCCCCAGCAGGUAACUGCUGCCCCUGUCCCCCAGAGCAGACAGGCUCUGAGCUCCAGCUGGAGGCAGCGGGCAAGAAACCUGAGGUUCCGGAGAGGCUGGGCCUUGCCUGGGAGCUCCAUCCUGGUGUGUGCUGAGGAGCAAGGCCACGGAGGGAGCGUGGACAGCAGCAGGCAGUCCCCAGGCGUGGACAGCAGGCGUCCAGGGAGGGUUAAGAGGGGCAUUACUUUGGCACCUCCAGGAGAUUUGAGACUCAGUACCCGGCAUCUGGUGCUCCUGAGAGAGGAUGAGGUCAGGGGUCCAGGAGCCAAAGACCUGGACCUCCCCUGGCACAGUGGUCCCCUCUGGGAGGCACAGAGAGAGACAGGCACCCCAGAUGGCCCCCUCGCAGGGCACAACAUGGCAGCAUUACAGACUUGGAGAACUGCUGGACCGACCCUCUGGCCUCAUUCAGCAGAAGGCGGGGAUCUGCCAGGAGUGAGGAACAGAGCCUUGACUGGUGGACGACAAGCAGGGGGUCCCUCCCCGGCCACGGUGUCUCAUCAGUGGCCUGGCUCUGUUGGGGAGCUGCAAGGAUCUGUGUGGUGUGACGCUGAGACCCCCAGGCCGUCGAGUGGCUUGAGAACCAGUGAACAGGUGCCCCCGUGGUUCACAGAGCAGGAUGUGCAGACCCUCCAGCUGCUGGCGCAGGGGCAGGUGGUGGGCAAAGCCAGGGUCCCUGGCCACGGGCAGGUGCUGCAGGUUGGCUUCUCCGCCAAGGGUGCCCUUCAGGACCUGUCUCUGGGGCUCAGCCACCUCUGCUCCCAGGGGCUCUGUGGCCUGAUCAAGAGGCCUGGGGACCUGUCUGAGGUCCUGUCCUUCCACGUGGACCGUGUGCUGGGGCUGCGCCGGAGCCUACCUGCCGUGGCCAGGCGCUUCCACAGCCCCCUGCUGCCCUACCGCUACACGGACGGUGGCGCAAGGCCCGUCAUCUGGUGGGCACCCGACGUGCAGCACCUGGGUGACCCAGAUGACGACCAGAACUCGCUGGCCUUGGGCUGGCUGCAGUACCAGGCCCUGUUGGCACGUGACUGCAGUCAGCUGGGCCAGGCCCCAUGCCUGGGCAUCCACCGCGCCGAGUGGGCACGCCUGGCACUCUUCGACUUCCUGCUGCAGGUCCAUGACCGCCUGGAUCGCUACUGCUGUGGCUUCGAGCCCGAGCCCUCGGACCCCUGUGUGGAAGAGAGGCUCCGAGAGAAAUGCCGGAACCCGGGGGAGCUGCGGCUGGUCCACAUCUUGGUCCGGAGCAGUGAUCUCUCUCGUCUGGUCUACAUCGAUAACGCUGGCAACCUUCAGCACCCGGAACACAAGCUGAAUUUCCGGCUGCUGGAGGGCAUCAACGGGUUUCCUGAGUCUGUCGUGAAGGUUCUCGCAUCAGGGUGUCUACAGAAUAUGCUGCUCAAGUCGCUGCAGACAGACCCGGUGUUCUGGGAAAGCCAAGGCGGGCAACAGGGCCUACAGCAGGUCCUGCAGACCCUGGAGCGGCGAGGACAGGUCCUGCUGAACCACAUCCAGAUGCACAACCUGACACUCUUCAGGGACGAGGGCCCAUAAGCCCCCCACGGUCUGGGCGGGACUCUCACCUCACUGCAGGGGUAAGAAGGGGGGGCAUCUCACGACAUGACCUGAGUGGAUAAGUGCGCAUCCUCACGGCCACAUUUUCCUGGGUUUACCCAUCUUGAAGACAAAAGAGAAAAGCCAGAAAUCAGGAGGGCACCAUGGAUUCCACAGAACGUGUCAUCUGCUUGAGAUGGUGGAGGAGGUGGUGGGUGUUGGGUUUUCAGU